AUGAUCCCUUCAACGCCCCAAAGGAUGAUCCCUUCAACGCUCCAAACUUCAACACCCCCUAAGGAAGACCCAUUUUCAGCCCCAGCAUCGUCUAAAGAUGAUCCCUUCAGUGCUUCCACAACACCACCUAAAGAAGAACCUUUCUCUACACCCAUUAAACCUUCCCAAGAUGACCCUUUUACUGCUGCAACAACACCCCCCAAAGUGGAUCCUUUCUCCACACCAUCCAAACCUACAACAGAUGACCCUUUUACUGCAGCAACAACACCACCCAAAGACAACCAUUUUACUGCAGCAACACCACCACCCAAAGAGGAUCCUUUUGCUGCACCAUCCAAACCUAAGAAAGACGACCCUUUUACUGCAGCAACAACACCACCCAAAGACGACCCUUUUUCUGCAGCAACAACACCCCCUAAAGAGGACCCAUUCACAGUGCCAUCCAGUCCACCAGAAGUUGAUGCCUCGGAUCCCUUCAAUGCCCCUCCGGUGACCUCGCCCCAAGGCAGUGCAGAUUUGUGGGGAGCCCCUGCUAGUUCUCCACCUGCCACCGGGUCAGAUCCCUGGGGGCCGCCGUCUGCUCCAAAGGAAACAAAGAGCGGAGAUCCCUGGGGGGAUGGAACGAACCUCUCCUCACCCAUUGAUCAUUCUGAUGCAUUUGGAGAUUCAUCCAACCUGGACAGUGACCCAUGGGGAACCCCAGCUGCAGCUCUAGUUAGCACAGGUGAUGCGUGGGGUUCACCUGCUCCACCCUUAGACUCCUCCCCAUCCAGUGACCCCUUUGGAGAUGGUGCAUCUAAAAAAAGUGAUCCUUGGGGUGCUCCAAGUAACGCAUCUAGCAAUGACACAGGAAAACAAACGGCGCAGGAAGAGAAGUUGCAUAAAAAGACUGCGUCGUUUCUGGGCUCUGCGGGGGCGUCGCUUGUUGACCUGGAUGAUCUAUUUUCUUCUAACCCCAAACCCAAACAACUCCCCCUCGCCAACAAGCUCGUUGCCCAGACUCAAGCCAUCGGCGCUUUCAAAGCCAGGGGCAUGGCAUCUGGCCCCGUGGUCAGAUCAGGGACUGUUGCAGGGGGGUUCCUUCCUGAAACAUCAUACAGCAGUCCUUUUGGUUCCACCCUUGCUCCCUCCUUCGGUGCACCUUCUCCCACUUUUGGAGCUGCCAAUCCUUCCAGUGAAACUCCCUUAUUUCAGCUACCGUCUCAUACCAUGAGCUCAAAUAUGCCUCAGGUGGCUCCUCCGUUCACAGGAACUGGAAUGGUACAAUCCGUUUCUGUGGGAGGGAGUCCACAAAUGGGCCUUAACGUGAACCCCCCCUUUGGAGGAGUGGAAAUGGUGCAUUCUGGACUCCCGGUGGGGAAUCCUUUGGCAGACCCCCUGUUAUUGGGAACAGGAAUGGGUCAGUCCAGUUUCUAUGGAGGAUAUCGCCAAGCAGGAGUGGCUCAAUUGGGAGGAUCCACUCCACUGGGCGGCGGGGGAGUCCCCUUCCAGCCCCAGUUUCUCUCAGGCAGAGGGUCGGGUGAGAACUUGAACAAAAACAACAAUCCAUUCCUGUUCUGAUACCUUGCCAUGUAUUCCUUCCUGUUAGAUGCAUGCAUUAUAUUAAGUGAUCAUACUGGGUAG